GGCUUAAGCCGCUGUGGCUCGAGCAGCACUGCUCGAGCAACGGGCCUGCGGUACUAUCCGAGCUCAGGUGGCACUAGCGAGCGGGGCCAUGGUCGGAAAGAUGGGUUCUCCCAUCACCACUCUGAUGCUCCGCAAUGUGCCCAGAAGGUACACCCAGGAGCAGCUCCUGGGGGAGAUCGAGGCCGUGAUAGGCAGCACGGCCGAUUUCAAUUUCUUGCACAUGCCCUGGGAUUUGCGUAACAGUUGCAACGUCGGCUAUGCAUUCCUGAACUGCUGCGACGCGGAGGGGGCAAAACGUUGUCGCGAGGUCCUCGACGGGUAUCAUUUCUGCAUGUCAGCGAAGCAGAAGCAGUGCAACGUGUUCGACGCCCACAUACAGGGACUGGAGAGCAACCUGAUCCACCUUCUCUCGACGUCUGUGGGCGUGCUCGCCACGGGGUGCCAGCCCGUCAAGAGUAUGCCAGUCAUCAUCUGGCAGGGGCGGAGGGUCAGGUUUCCCCAGGUCGUCGCCGCACUGCAGCGCACCGACGCGCCCCCGGAGCAAAGGCUGCGGGGCCAGCCUUGCGGCAGCGCGGGCCCGCUCUUCUGGUCCGAUACGGCCCUGCUGCAGGAGCUCGCUCCCGGCCUGGAGGCCAUGACUACUCGCAGGCCGUUCGCGUCCACCGAGGGCACGACGAUGCCCGGGCCGCCCGAGCCGGCGCCGGGGAAGAACGCCGCGGAGGAGGAGUAUGAGUCCGCCCGCAGCAUGGGCGCAGGGCCGUACGCGUCCGCCGAGGGCACGACGAUGCCCAGGUUCGUGUCCGAACCGCGGCGCGGUACGCGUCCGCCGGGAGCACGGCGACGCCCGGGUUCGUGUCCGAAGCAGCGCGGUACGCGUCCGCUGGGAGCACGACGACGCCCGGGUUCGUGUCCGAAGCAGCGCGGUACGCGUCCGCUGGGAGCUCGACGACGCCCGGGUUCGUGUCCGAAGCAGCGCGGUACGCGUCCGCUGGGAGCUCGACGACGCCCGGGUUCGUGUCCGAAGCUUCCACGCAGGUUUUCUUGUCUCUCGCCAGCCUCCCGGGGGGGCGCGGCAGCAGCGGCAGUCGUGCCUGGGCGGGAAGCGUCGGCGAGGAGCACAGCUCCCCCGAGCUGCAAAUAGCCGGCAAGGACGACGUCAGCCUCCUGCUUGCAGAGGCGGCGCUCGUCCAGCGCAUCGAGGCCGCCAUGGCGGAGCGGCGCCUCGCGCUGCCUCGCGCGUCUCCGCCCGAGGCCGCCCUGCUGGAGAGGCGCCUCCCGCUGCCAGAUCGUCGCGCCGCCGUGGGAUGCCCCCCCUCCUGGCAGCUCCCGACAGGCUUGCGGCUCCCGCCCGGCCUCGACCUCGGCGCCCCCGCGAGGCCUGCGGCGCAGCCGGCGGCGCCCGCGGGCCCAGAG